CUUUUCUUAGGAGGAGCUUUUAGCUUGUUUGUAAAUGGUCAUUUUGAAUUUGAAUGAAAGUAAAAGCUCUUAUGAUUCUCACCUCCUCCGCUCGAGCUUUUAGUGCUAUGAAUCGCCGGAUGUACUCUACUCGAUCCAUCUCCGCAGAAUCCCUAACUCUUCCUUCCGAUUCCAAUUCCAAUUCCAAUUCCAAUUCAGAAUCAGCCAAUGGAGCUUCCGGGUCUGAGACUCGAGUAUCACCUCUAAGGAGGAAAAGGCUAAAGCAAGAAGUUUUGGAUUCAAGCAGUAGCCAUAAAGAGAUGUGUGGAGUAUUACCAGAUAUAGAAGAUCUUUCGUACAAGAAGACAAAUGUAUCUCCUAGGGAGUCAAAACUAAACUCGUAUGUAAAAUCAACAGAAGCUAGCACAUCCGCAUCGUCGUCGAUCAGAACAGCAGGCAAACCACCUGAGAACUGGGAAAAGGUGCUCGAGGGUAUUCGAAAAAUGAGAUCUCCAGAAGAAGCAACAGUUGAUCCUGUUAAUUGUGAUAGAACCGGAAGCUUUUUACCUCCCAAGGAAAGGAGAUUUUAUGUUCUCAUAGGAACACUACUUUCAAGUCAGACUAAAGAUCACGUAACUGGUGCGGCAGUAGAACGUCUUCGUCUAAAUGGCCUUCUCACUCCUGAGGCCAUUGAUAAAGCCGAUGAAUCAACCAUUAGGGAAUUGAUUUACCCUGUCGGGUUCUAUACUAGAAAGGCAACUAAUGUGAAGAAAGUUGCGAAACUUUGUCUUAUGAAAUAUAACGGUGACAUUCCAAGGUCUUUGGAAGAGCUACUCUCACUUCCAGGAGUCGGUCCUAAGAUUGCUCAUCUGGUUUUGCAUAUAGCAUGGGAUGAUGUUCAAGGGAUCUGCGUAGACACACAUGUGCAUCGCAUUUGCAAUAGGCUUGGUUGGGUGACUAAACCAGGAACGAAACAGAAAACGUCUUCCCCUGAGGAAACUAGAGUAGCUCUGCAACAAUGGCUUCCAAAGGAAGAAUGGGUCGCUAUUAACUUUCUUUUGGUAGGUUUCGGACAAAAGAUAUGCACACCGCUAAGACCACGCUGCGGAGUUUGUAGUAUCAGUGAGCUUUGCCCUUCUGCCUUCAAAGAGACCCCAAGCAAAUCAUCCAAACUGAAGAAACCUAUCAAAAGCAAGAAAGUUUAAAUUGCUUUUGUGGCUCUGGAGUCUCCUCCUUGAUCACUUCAAAACUACUUUGUGAUUAGUCCUCUGUAAAAGAUAAAUUGUUUUAAACAAAUUGUAUAGUUUAUGGAAAAUUGAAGAGCAAAGAGCAUCCCCUAAUAGUCUUAAGCGAUUAUCGGAUACUUAAGAAGAGGCUGAGAUUGCUGAAGAUUGUAAAUCUGUGAUGAUAUAUAUUUAUACUUAAUUAUUAUGAAUGAGCUUAAUUAUUAUGAUGA